UCUAUUUUUGAACAACCGACAUUUGCGCCGUUUGCGGGACAAAUGCGAUCACCGCAGCGGAGCCAAGCGCAAGUCGCCGAAUGUGCGAGAAGUGCGCGCGAAUCUCCGGAGUUAUCAAGCCCUUGUUGUCGCGGGCGUUUGCUGAGAAAACCGAUCGUGUCCCGGUUGAGGUCUUGUGGAGAUCAGCAAAAAAUGCAGAUCUUCGGCGUGCAAAUUCUCAGCGUUGGGGAGCAAUACGCAAAUCUGUUGGUCUCUCUCGAAUGCCACGAACAACUAACGAGUGGUUAUAAAGUGUGGCUGUUGACUGAAAGCAACGACAGAAAAGUGGAGUUUACGGGUCGAUCGGGGUACCCAGGAGCAGUUGUGAAUUGCUACGACGCAGUUUCAGUGCUGAGCUCCGGAGUGUAGUACUUCAGGCUGCCUGCCUCGCAUGGAAUGGCAUCAGUGAAAAAUAAGGUCACGUACGUCAAUUAACGCGUCGCAGCACCACUGAUAAGGCUUGAUAGUUUCGAGAAGACGCGCGCGCAUACUUCGGAAUUAAUCUCGCGAAAAUAAUCGGCGAAUGCGCUCCGCUCCGUGCGAUAAUUGAUUGCUCCGCGUGACCGCGCCACUGUCGUCGUAUACAAUCAUACACUCGUUCGCGAUUGUGCUAAUUAAGCCUGUUGUUGAUCUUUCUGUUUAUUUGAUACUUAUUUGCUCUUGGGCCUCGAAUGGAAACACAAAUCUAUCAAACAAAUAGAUUACACCGCUGUCAAAAAUCGGCGCAGGACGAAGGCACAAUGAAGCAGAUAAAUCUGGAGGGAACCCCGCUGACGAUGGCGGCAAUCGUGCGACGUCGCGCCGAGGCAAUCAAACACAACAGUGAGUGUGAGGCGGAUGAUCU